AUGUCUUCUUCUGACAAGGCCUGGAAGAUCUCUCUUAAGGCGGCUGGAGAUGGUAACAAACCCGCAUCCAAGCUUCUGUUCUUACGGUUUCCGCCCGAGAUCAGAUUCAUCAUCUACCGCAUGGCAUGGAGCGUCGACCCAGAGCUAUACAGGAUCAAGAAGAGCGGUCAGUUGCGAAUUGCUUAUUUGAAGAAGCAGCUCUCUUUUGUGGUAAAAUUGGGUGCCGUGUCUCACCAGAUGAGGGUUGAAGCCUAUUCCGAGUUCUUUCACCGCACCCAAGCGUAUUUCCGCUGGAACACGCAGAUGCAGGGCUACUCAUUGCACAAUGUCCAGGUCAUGGCCAAGAUGCAGAGUAGCUUUCUGCUUAAGUACCAUUUGCAGCAUGUUAGCCUAUACUGGCCCGAGAAUUAUGAGCAUCGACUUACGACCCUGAGAUGGUUGGAAGGACUCAAGCAGCUCAAGACGUUGAAAAUUAUCCUCCCCAAUGGGCCUGACUUGGAGAACAGGAAGGGCGCGCAUUACUCUGUCAAUGCUAUGCGCCGUCUGGCUGUCAGUUUGGCUCGACGCAAUGCCAACUUAGAAAAGCCCUUCGUCACUUUCGUGGCCGACAGGCUAGAGCUCGUGAAUCUCUGGAACAGUGUCGACUGGUUCCGCGCGUUGGUGGACGGCCUUGCGAAGCCUGACGCAGAGCCACCUCACCAAAUCAUUGAACAGCAUCUUGGCUGCCUCAAUCCCCUGUGGGCCGAAUCACUAGCAUACAGGAUCUAG